AUGAAUUCUAAUGGUAAACGAAAAUUUAGUGAUCACGUUGAUACUGAUUGUGCAAAACGAGGAGUAUGGCUUGUGAAGGUACCAAGAUAUUUGUCCGAGAUGUGGGGGAAGAAUGUCGGCUACGAUGUUGGACGAUUGGUUAUCACAGCAGCAAAUGGAAAAACUGACUUGAUAUUUAAAAGCAAUACAAAUUUGCUUGAAAAGAAUUCAUCAGGUUACGACAAUGAGGCAUCAUCAUCGGAUUCAUUUUUGAGCUCACUUUCUGGGAAUAAUUUAUCAACAUCACGUAAUAAUCGAAUUGGUCCCACAAAAAGUAAACAAGCAAGUUUCUUAAUACCAAAUGAACAUAGUUUUGUCAUCGGCGAUAUUAGGAAUCAGUCACUAGCUGUACUCUGCGAAGAUAAAAGUGGCUUAAAUGAAGACGCUGACAUUUGCUCAGGCCGCUUAAGCAUUGAAGGGAGAGUUGUGAAAAGAGCUGACUGCAGACCUCCUCAAACAGAUGACUAUAUGCGAAUGAAAAUAAAACAAAUAGAGAAAAGCAGCCAGCCAAAACGACAUGUGAAACAAAUGGAAAAAGCUGAAGUGAAAUUCAAGCCUAUUGCUGUUCAUGCAGAAAUGUUAGCCAGAGAAAAGCAGAAGAAAGAAGGAGCAAAAACUGUUCGUGCCGAUAAGGAUGUUGUUCGACAAGCAAUAUUUCAUGCUUUUGAAAAACAUCAAUACUAUCGAUUGGUUGACUUGCAGAAACUUACCAAUCAACCUCCGGGAUUUGUUAAAGAAAUACUAACGGAAAUUGCUGUGUACAAUACAAUGCCACCACACAAAUCAAUGUGGGAGUUGAAACCAGAAUAUCGAAAUUAUCGUAAAAAUAAAAAAGAAGCUGAAUAA